UGCAACUCUGACGAGAGAGUGUGCAACCCUGGUUUUUUGGCUUCCCUCGGCGCUUCAUUUUCCAACCAUUCAAAGUAAUCGUCAACUGAAAAUGCGCUGGCAUUUUGGGGUUUACUGAUCCAAUUGCUUAAAUAAAAUAACAACUGUAAGUGAAAAUAAGAAGAUCAGAAUGCCGCCACAGUUGGAUCCGAUAAGCGUGCGCACUGCGCGCCUAAAUAACAUAAUCCUGGGAAAAGGAGUAGGCGUCAGUACAAAGCCCGCCACUGGAGCCUCUUCGCGAAGGAGCAUUGUGCCCGUGAGCACUACCAGCGCAGCUCUAGCGGAGACUGUGUGCCGGGAGGGGCUUUUGGACGCCUUCUGUCUGCUGUACAAUGAAUGCGACAAGGACUCGCUGAAAAAGCGCGAUCGCAACAUUGCCGAGUUUGUCAACAAAUUUCGACCCAUCGUCGAGGAGACCCGAAAACUUCGAGUGAAUGCAGAUGAUUUUCUCAUCAAAGCGCUUAUUGGUCAGGGUUAUUUCGGCAAUGUCCACUUGGUGGUGGAGCGGCAGACCAACGACAUUUAUGCCAUGAAGAAGAUCAAGAAGUCGGUGGUGACCACGUCGCAGGUUAAGGAGGAGCGAGACAUCAUGUCCACCCGCCACUCGGAGUGGCUGAUUAACCUCCAGUACGCUUUUCAGGACAACGAUAACUUGUACUUGAUCAUGGAGUACAUGCCGGGUGGUGAUCUGCUAAGUCUCAUGUCACGUCAUGGUCCCUUCGACGAGGACUUGGCCCGCUUUUAUCUGGCAGAGCUCACUGUGGCGCUUCACACGCUCCACGAAAUGGGCUACGUUCAUCGGGACAUUAAGCCAGAGAACAUUCUGAUUGACCGCUUCGGGCACAUCAAGUUGGCGGAUUUUGGCAAUGCUGCUGCCCUGGAUCGAGACGGUCAUGUUCUGAGCUUGUCGCCAGUGGGCACUCCCGACUAUAUAGCUCCCGAGCUACUGCAAACCAUAUCCACCUACAAACUGUCCAAAUCGAUGCACGAUGUGAGUAGAACUGUGAGCUGCGAUUACUGGUCCAUGGGAAUCAUUGGCUACGAGCUUAUCUGCGAGACUACGCCUUUCCACGAAGACAAUGUUCACGAGACCUACUCCAAGAUUCUUUCCCACUGCGAGGAGAGUCACCUGAAGGAACUGAUAAGUUUCCCCAGUGAUCUCAAGGUGUCCCUCAACUACAGGAAUCUUAUAGAGUCGCUUGUUACAAAUCCGUCAAGGCGCUUGUCCUACGAACGUAUAAAGAAGCAUCCCUUCUUUGAUGAGAUCCAGUGGGCUUCUAUUCGCUCUCAGGUGCCACCCAUUAUCCCGACCAUUAAAUCCGACGACGAUACGUCCAAUUUCGAGGACGGUACGCGGCACAAGUCGCGCAGAGAUCAGGGGGUGGCUAAGAAGUCGCUGACGACCAACAUGAAGUCGCACGAUUUUAGUGGCAAGGACCUUCCCUUCAUCGGGUACAGCUUCGUACACAUGGAGAAGUCAGCUCUGACCGCAUCUUCGGACGAAAAACUGCAAGAGAAGCUGAAAGAGCUGCAGCACAAGCUGAAGACCAGGGAGAAUGAAAUCUCGAUGCUCAAACAAGAUCUUAUGCGAGCCCAGCAGUCUUUGAAGAAAACCGAUAACAAGUCCCAAGUGGUCGUCGAUGCGAAAAUGGAAAUUAAAAAACUGCAACAAAUCAUCAAAGAAAAGACAAUGGAGCUGGCCAAUUGCAAGACGCAAAUAAAGACACUCCAGAGCUCUGCCAAAAUAGACGAGGAGAUGUGGUCCAAGAAGGAGGCCACCAUCACAGAUCUGUUGCGUUUGAACCGGCAGAAGUACGAAGAAGCCAAGAUAGCGUCCGAGCAGCGGUAUGAGAAACAGUUGGCUGACAAGAAGCAAGAGCUCGCUUCCACGUUGCAGAAGAUGGAUGCCCGCGAACUGGAGUUCAACGCCAAGAGCGACGAGUGCAAGCAUCUGUCCGACAAAUUGCAGAACUACAAGGACAUGAUGAAGCAGCUGAAGGAGCAGAACCUUCGAAACGAAGCAAACAACGAGGAACAGAAGCGCCAGAUGGCCGAAUCGUACGAGCAGAAACUUACCGACCUCCGGAAGAAGGUACGCGACUCCCAGGACACCCAUCGCCGUAUGACCAUGGAGAUCAAGGAAAUACGAACUGAACUGGACGAGUCCCUCUGUUCGAGUAAAUCGACUCAAGAAGCCAAGAUGGCAACGGAACGAAACAUUGAAGAGAUACUGAAGCGCCUCAACCAGGAGAUAGCGUCAAACAACGAACUUCAUGCCGAGAAAGUGAAGCUGGAAACGAAGCUGCAGCUCAGGGAGAACGAAACACAAGAAGCCAGAGCUGAGUGCCAACGGCUGGAGCGGGAGUUGCAGCUUGUCGAAUGUCGCUGCCAAUUGGCCGAGUCCUCGCUAGCUUCGCAAGCAUCUCCCUAUGAAACUGCCCCUGGCUCUCUCACCGAACUGAACGCCAUCGAAGACCAGCUGCGUGCCGAUCUGGUGGCCGCCAAAGAAGGGGAAACCCAUCAGAAGGGACGGGCAGACCAGCUCCAAGCCCUGGUGACCAAACUGGAGCAGAUGCUGGAGCGCUUCAACGAGCAGAGUCUCUCGCCUAUCAAAGGGCACUCCGCUCGCAAGCCGGGAACCGAAACCGUUGGCGACAUUCUGGAGCGGCAGAACGAGAAACUGGAAGACAAGCUGGCGGCUGUCCGGGAGCAGAUGAUCGUGGAGCGCCAAGCCGCACGAACUGCCAACCUGUCGCUGUGGAAGGUGGAAAAGCAACUGGAGGAGGCUCUCUCUGAGAAGAAGAUGCUCGCCCGGCGCAUGGAACUCACUGAAGAUCGUAUUAAGAAGGCGCAAAAUGCCAACGAGGAGUCGCAGAGGAUGCUGAAGACAGCUCAGGAGGAAACCCGGCAGAGGGAUUCGAAGAUCGAGGAGCUGAAACAGGAGCUGGCGGCUGCAAAGCGUGAUGUCCUCAAGGAGCACCGUCAGUGGGAGAAGGCCGAGCAGGAGCGGAUGAAGUGCAAGUCGGAGAUCAUCGAGCACUUGGCCAACGUGCACAAACUGGAGCAGCAGGAAACGGAACUGAAACAGAAAAUAAAACAAAUUCAAACUAGAUUCGAUGGCCUGACUUUGGAGAACAAGUGCAUCCAAAGGGAACUGCAGGACGAGCGCGAGAGAAGCUCGGCCACCAGUGACAACACCAUGGCGCUGCAAAAGGAACUCAAGCAGCUGAAGGAGAACUUCCAGCGACUGAAGUAUGCCUGCAGCAUCACCGACAAUCAACUGACCGAGGUGGAAACCAUGCUUAAGUCUGAGCAGGAACGUAGCAAGUCCCAGAAAUCCCAGCUGGAUGCAGUGCACCUGAAGUUGAGGGAAAGGAAUGACCAACUAACCGAACUUCGCAAGGAUAUGUCGGCCAUCGAAUCGGAGAAACGUCUGUCGGAGCAGCGGGCUCAAGUCCUCGCAUCGGAAAUCGAGGAGCUUAGGGAGAAUCUGAAGGAGCAGCAGAAGAGGAUGAUUGCUCAACAGGAUCAGUUGGUGGAGCAAACUAACGCCCUGUUUGCCACUCAAGAGCGGGCGGAGUUGCUGGAUGGCCAGAAUGCCAACUACCAGGUGCAGAGCGCGGACUCUGAGCGGGAACUUAUCAGCCUCAAGGAGGAAAAUGCGCGAAUUCUAAGCGAGCUCUUCCACCGGAAGGAGGAGGUGACUAACCUCCAGGCCCAACUGAGAGAUCUGGAGGCCGUCCAAUCCGAUCUAAAUGCGGAGAUAGACUCCUUGCAGGACACAUUGGCCGAGAAGGAGCAGUUCUAUGUGCAGAGGGACAUCAAGUCCAUGGCCACUCUGGCGCAGCACAAGAAACUGAUUGAUUAUCUGCAGCUCAAAGUAGAAGACUUGUCUUCAAAGAAAAAGAAGACCCUAGCGGACAAGCUCUUCGGCUCCAGUCACACCAAUAAGGAGAACGUGUCACCCAAUGACGUGGAGUCCUCUAUUCUCUAUCGCGCAUUGAAAGAGGAACUGAAACGAGAGCAGAAGCUAUCCAGCAUGCUGAAGGAGCAGGUGGCCCAGUUCAAUGGAACCGCCACUCUACGAUCACCACGAAAAUCCACAAUCGUCAACGAAGACUCAGAUGCGCCCAAGCAGAGACCCGUGAGCAUAGCGGCCCUGCCACGUUCCCCGAUUAAGGAAAAGUCCAUCCUGAAGCGCACCACAAGUCAGGUUGAGCUGAAGACCUCGGAGAAGCCUUUGGUUCAAGCUCCAGAACAGACAUCGCACCAUCGCUUCGAGCUGGCGCUGCAGGAAUCCAAGAAGGACGCAUCGGAGUGUACAGUGUGUGGCCUGGUGAUUCUCGCCGGCUCACCCUUCUGGAAGUGCAAGGAAUGCAAGGACGUGACGCACCGCAAGUGUCGUGCCAAUGUCCAGGGAAACUGUGGAACCACUCCGACUGCUCCGCCAGCCGACGACCUGAGUAGUAUUCCCUCCGCCUCAAGUGUGUCCUUGGAUCAGGUGGAGACGGCCAGUGAAGCAGGAUCUAGCGAAUACAUUGGAACUUUGGUGUACAGCUCAGAUGGGCCGGAAGAUCAGGCCGCCAAGAAGGAGGUCGAAGUGAACUGCGCUUUCGAGGUGGCCGAGCAGCAGAUUCUCCUCCUGGGCUGCAACACUGGGCUGUAUGCCUACCACUUGGAGUCUCAGAGAUUGGUGCACAUCACCGGCAUCGAGUCGGUGUAUUGCAUGUCGAUUUCGACACGAUUGGCCAAGGCGAUCAUGGUGAGCACGGUGGGGGAGAAGAUGUACCAGUGCGAUUAUCGGCAGCUGGAGUCUCGCUGCCAGAGUUCCAGCGCCUGCCACAAGCCGGUGCUGGAGACCUCGGCCAUCGAACUGCCUUUCGCCAAUCGCACUCCUUCGGAGAAGUGGAAGCUGGUGCUGAUCUCCAACGAGACUGAGAACGCAUUGGACUCGGUGGCUAUAGCUGCCACCUCCACCAGGAUUGUGAUCCUCAAGUACGACCUCAAGCUCCACAUGUUCAAGCCUGUGCGGGCCCUGGACACUGCCACUCCGGUUAGCUCCAUCUUCUUCACGCGCCAUUCGGCUAUCGUGAGUUCGGAUAAGUUCUACGAAAUCGAUUUGGACAACUUUGCGGCCGAAGAGUUCGUGGAUCUGGCCGAUAAGUCCAUGCAGAGCACGGCCAAGUGCCAGCCCAUCACUGCUGUCCGGAUCUCCCGGCAGGAAUACUUGCUCUGCUUCGCCGAGUGUGGCGUUUUUGUGGAUGAGUUCGGCUGCCGGUCGAGGCCCUGCGAUCUUAACUGGGUGUAUGCCCCCACGGGCUUUGUCUACCGGGAGCCGUUCUUGUUCGUCGCCCACUACCAGAGCGUUCAGAUCAUUCGCUUGCACAGAUCCUUCAGCAAGGAGCUGGCCAAUGGGGACAAUAGCUCGGAGACCUCCGACUCAUCCGAGUUGCAACGCGUCUACUUGCCACACUACAUGUCCACUCUGCUGGCGAACAGCGGGGACAUCAAUCUCUAUGCCGUGGCUAUCGAUCAAAGGCCGUGCAAUGGCUCCCAGAAGAUCUACCACCUGGACACCCUGCAGGCGUUCAAGAAGAAGUUCAAUGUCUCCCUGGAGACCCUGUCGUCGGUGGCCACAUCCGUGACUCUGGGAUCCAUUAUGACAGGUGAUAGUAUUUAGACCAAACCAUAUAAAGGAACAUAUACUUUAAGAAACAAGAGUAAAAUAUUACUACACUUCUGUAGUAAAAUAAAGUAAGAUUAAUUUUAACAAAUUUGAUGUUCUUAAAACUUAUUUUUGACAAGAAAAUAUUAAGUAAUUAAAUAAUCAUUUUCAAUCCAAACUCUUUUUUUUAUUUUUACGAUCUAGAUUAAAUCAUUCUUUUUUAAUAUGUAUAUUUUUUAAAUAAACUCUGAAGUUUUCAUGAA